AUGACCGAUCAGAUUAUCAUCAACUGGGCAGUUCUUGGUCCAGGUCGUAUUGCCGAAACUUUUGUCAAUGAUUUGCUUCAUUCAAAAGAUAAGCUUCGGCCAGAGGUCAAUUCAGGCAAAAUCAAACAUCAGUUAAUUGCUGUGGCAUCUCACAGCUCACUUGAGAAUGCCGAAAGGUUUAAAAAAGAGUCGAUUCAUGAAGAAACAAAUGAUCUUAUCAAGUGUUACGGAAAUUACGAUGAGGUGUUGAAUAAUCCUAAAGUAGACAUCGUUUAUAUAGCCACGGUCAAUUCCACUCAUUUCAGCAUCUGCUAUCAGGCGCUACAGCACAAUAAGAACGUUCUUAUGGAAAAGCCAUUCACCGUGAAUCACAAGCAGGCAGAAAUCUUGACUGCUCUUGCUAAGAAGAAGAAUCUUUUCCUAAUGGAGGCUUAUUGGACACGGUACAAUCCGGUUUAUCAAGAUGUCUACAAGUACUUAUUCACCGAUAAUCGUACUGGUGAUGAAUCCUCUAUUGGUGACAUUAAACGGAUUGUCACGGAUUUAAGUUACGUUUUCGAUGAGGCUGAUCCUCAAAUGAACAGAAUCUACAAUCCAGCUUUAGGUGGAGGUGUUCUCUUGGAUAUUGGCAUCUAUGCUUUAUAUUGGGUUCUAGGAUUCAUUGGCAAACCUGGAAGGAAGCUUGCCUUUCCGCAAAUCAAUGCUUCCGCAGCUCUUGCAGACACGGGAGUCGAUAUUUCAACUGCAGCCGUUUUGAAGUUUGAAAAUGGAAAAUUGGGAGUCUCUUCUUGCUCAGGAUACUUUACAAAUGAGGCUCGUAGAGUUCUUAUAAAUGGUACAAAGGGAUCAGUUGAAGUUGAUGACUCUUGCCGGCCAAAUGAAUACUGGAUUUACGAUGAGAAUCACAAACUUGUCAUUCACAAGGCCUACACCUACGAUGGUAAAGGUAUGUUUUUUGAGGCCGAUCACGUGGCACUAUGCCUUGCUAAGGGACUCAAAGAAAGCCCUCUACACACUAUGGAUGAUGCCCUACUUAUGUCUAAUGUUCUAGAUACUAUCAGAGAGCAAAUCAACAACAGGUACCCUGACAAUAUUGAAAGCACUGAUAUCGCUUAA